AUGCUAACGAUAGUUCCAGAGGCUCUUAUAACUAUUCAUAAGAAAUUCGAAGUCCUUGUUGGCGUCGCAGGACCAACCGGCAGCGGGAAGACUUCGGCUCUUAAUGCCCUUCUUGGGUUAAGGGGGCUUUUGGCGACUAAUAGCCAGGAGGCUGCUACCGCGGUGCCUUGUAAGGUAGCCUACAAUGAUGACGAUAGGCCUACUAUGAGAUUCCGAGCCUGCGUCGCUUUUCGCACAAUGGAAAAUUUCGUCAAGCAGCUAGACCAAUUUUUUGAAGACUUAAAGCUUAGGAAUGAGUUGCAAGCGACAGAUACCGACUCACUAGACGAUGAGGAAGCUAUUCGGACCAUUGAUGCCAAUCUAAGACCUACCUUUGAGAUAAUUAGAACGGUUUUUGGUGUCGAGGAGCAAGACGUUGUAAACAUGACAACCCAGACACUUAUUCACUCAAAUCCGGGCGUCUUUGAGCUUCUUGGGACGACAAAGAGAUUUCAUGGCGGCGAUCUUGAUCAUAUAGCGGAACAGAUCAAACCAUACAUGGAUUCAACUACUACAGAUCAUGAAGCGUCAGGUUUGGAAUUUGCAGCUUGGCCCCUCAUCGAUGAGGUGGAAAUAUUCGUUAAAUCUGAAAUACUUCGAAACGGGGUUGUCCUGGUAGAUUUGCCUGGGCUUUGUGACUGGGUAGAGAGUCGGGCCGCUGUAGCUAAGGCAUAUUUUCCUAAGCUGGCCGCUACUCUUAUCGUGACACCCGCCCGAAGAGCGGCUGACGACUCUACUUCCGUGAAGCUUAUGUCAGAGCAUCAAGAAUUACGAAUGAAAAUGGACGGCAAAUUCCAUAGGCGUAGCUACUGCGUCGCUAUUUCUCAGAUAGACGAGAUUGAUCGCGACUCGGCUUUGAGAAGUCGAAAGGCUAAGACUGAUAUAAAGUUACAACGACUAAUUAAUGAAGAGAAGACUCUAAGGCAGAUGAAGAAGGACCAGGAAGGCAAACUAAAGAUUGCAAAGAAGAAAAUAAAGAAACUUGAAGCUACUGUAGCUAAGAAGACUCGUAGCGGUAUGAAAACAUGA